GGCGCCCGGUUGGCAAUGCUUUUCCUCAGGGUAACUGUCCCGGCCACCCCCUGGCCUGAGCCUAGGGGAGGUGGCCAGGGGUGGGAAGGAUUCUGUAGCGUCCCACCUCCGUCUUUACCUUCCCUUAGUAACUGGCAGUACCCGACCCUGGCAGAAACCUGCUCAUGCCUACUUGCAGAGGCGCUAUUUCAGCCCUUCUCUUCCUGCCCUCUGGCAUCCCAUUACUCCAAAGUAAGGAUCUCAGGACGAGCGUUCUUACCUUGAGAAUGUAACUUCGGCCCUGGCCUCCAGGGCUCUUAAGUCUCCCCAUGAAACUUCUGUGCCCUCUCUUUUUGUGUGUCGCAUGAGCAUUUGUGUGACGACAGGCACCUAUUGACAUCAAGAGUCAACACAGUGCUCAGAGUGGCCCUGGAAAGACUCUUAGUAGGGAUCUAGGUUUCGGGUAUCAGGUAUAAACACAUUCUGUGUUUAAGAUGACCCUGCAGAGUGGCCCCCAGGAUUUUUUGGGGGUGGCAUAAAUUAGGCACAUGCUGUGCAUGGAUAGACCGAGGGAGUGGCCAAGGUGGUCACACUAGGGAACUGGUGAGGGGAGUGUCCCUGGAAAGCCUGGGGAGGAGCAGAGGGGGUUUCACUGGGCUACAAAGGGCUGUGACAGGAAGGAGGCAAUUUCUCCUGGGCAGGUUUUAGGGCUACGAAGCAAAUGGUCUUGGGAGGAAGACACUGCCAGACCCUUUGUUCUUGCCCUUGAGUUUCCUCAAGUUGUGAGAACAGUAUUUGGGCAAAACCUAAGAGGGGGGCAUGGUGGAACAGGGGCAAAGGGCCUAGCCCCCGAGGGGUGGGGGCACAAAAUACCACCAGAGCACUCCCACACCCAGUGUGCCUACUUCCCCCUUCCCUGAGCUAGAUGCCAUGCCGGUCUCCUCUGGCAUUGUGGCAUUGCCUAUUGAGGGUCUGUUGUCUAGGGCAUGUCGGAGGGCAGCAUAGAACCAGCUGCCAACCCUAAGGGCAAUGUCUUCCUGGCCCCGGGCUGCUACGUCAGCCCAGCCAGCCCUGGAUCCUACCCCUUGCCUCCCUGACCUAGUCCUGUCCUAGUAGUGGGAAAGAGCAAAGUCCCUGUUAUGUCCAUGCCAGGUGUUGGCUGAAGGAGGAGGAGGGGACAGGAAGCCAUGAGUAGGGAGGGGGGAACUCUGGCCUUUUCCGUUCCCAAGCUCCCAGGUUUCCUCUCUUUCAGGAAGGAGCCUCUUCCUUGCCCCCCUCCCUGUCUUCUCCACCACCAAUGUCGCCCCCCCUUCCAGACGGAGAUUAGGUGUCACAGGCAGGCUAUGUAGAGGGGGUAGUCCCCUUAGAAGUAUAUCCCACUAAGAAUAGCUUCAGGCCUGUCCCUCUGGACACGGACACACACACACACAUUCCCUGUCUUAUUUACAGCUACAGGAAAGCCGGUCUAGAGUAGAGGUCAUGGGCGGUCUAGCCAGGCCCAACUUGGAAGAAGAGAUGAGGUGGCAGUGAGCAGGGCGGGUGCAGGGUUGGCACAGGUGACUCAGGGUGGUGGGCAUUAGCCCUGCAGUCUCCAGGCUCCAGGCAGAGGCAGGUGUGAGCUGCCUCUGUGAGCUCCAGGCUCAAGAGAAGGGUGUGAGCUGGGUUCCCAUGGUCCUGGAGAGACAGCUACUCCGGCUGUUCAGACUCCUCUGCUCCCUUUGCCCAGAGACCAGCACUGAGGCAAAACCAGUCCUGGGCUGUCCUGGGGUCCAGGGGGGCUGCUUACAUUUGACAAGGUGAAUUUUCACAGGCUCUCAAGAGUGCCUGGGCGGGUAGCAGAGGUGGAUUGAGGCAUGAGUCAGUGCCCAUCACGGGAAUGGGGGAAAGACGCCAGGCCCAGAGCUGAAAUACCUGUUCUGAAAUGGCUUCUAUGUUUAUCUCUCCAGAGAGGAAUUUUAAAAGCCUCUCCCUCUGCUUCUCUCUCUUUUCCCCAGGGUGGGGGAGGGGCCUGGUAGGCCCAGUUCUCGAGGCUGCAAGCUGUUGCAAGGCCAGGCCUCUAAAGGGUCAUGAUGACUGGGUCGUGGGUGGCCACCACGGAACCCCACCAUCACCAUGGGCACCACCCGUGCCGAGGACUUGGAUUUAAAGCAAAUUGGCAGGCAGCUCUGCUGAGCCUCUCCCUGGCAUUGCUUGGGAGAAUUCAGAGAAGCUGGCUGGCUGUCAGUGGGAGGUGGGGAGCACUUCGCCACCGCUAAGGACCCUACCCAGGCUGGAGCCAGGUUCCGGGAGGAGGACUACACUGUACAUGUGCGGCUGAAUGACUACCUGGACAUCAUCUGCCCGCAUUAUGAGGACGACUCCGUGGCAGACGCCGCCAUGGAGCGGUAUACAUUGUACAUGGUGGAGCAUGAGGAGUAUGUGGCGUGCCAACCCCAGUCCAAGGACCAGGUCCGUUGGAAGUGCAACCAGCCCAGUGCCAAGCAUGGCCCAGAGAAGCUGUCGGAGAAAUUCCAGCGCUUCACACCUUUCACCUUGGGCAAGGAGUUCAAGGAAGGACAUAGCUACUACUACAUCUCCAAACCUAUCUACCAUCAAGAAAACCAGUGCUUGAAGCUGAAGGUGACGGUCAAUGGCAAAAUCACUCACAGUCCUCAGGCCCACGCCAAUUCACAGGAGAAGAGGCUUCCAGCAGAUGACCCCGAGGUUCGGGUCCUGCACAGCGUGGGAGACAGCGCUGCUCCUCGCCUCUUCCCGCUGGUCUGGGCUGUGCUGCUCCUGGCGCUGCUGCUCCUGCAGACCCAGUGAAGGUGUGUGCUUCACCGGGCUCAAGGAUUGCCACUGGGCUGAGGGGCGGGGACAAGCACCCCGAAGCUCCAGCCCCGGGAACCACUCCCACCCCAUGCACAAGCUGCCACCCUGAAGCCUCAGAAGGUUCAGUAUUAAGGGUUUCAACCCAAAGGAGUUCAACCCGCCUGACUGUGCCGUUCCUGCCUCCACUUCAGAGGGACGGAGAAGGAAGUGGGGAAGGUCCUUUCCCUGCGAUUUCUACCUUUAAGCCAAAGACACAGGCUGUGCAGGCCGGCCUGGCCCAUUUCGAGGGCCCAGUGGGAGAUGAGCUGGAAGGGCCUGAGGUCAUGUAGUUGGACGCUAAAGACGCCCUUCCCCGAGGAAGCCAUGAUGUCCAGAUGAACUGACUGAAGGAAAUGCUUGAGACAGCUUCCUGCGUGGGAGCCAGGUACAGGAGAGGCAGCAUGCUUGGGCUGACCCAGCAUCUCUGCAAGAUUUCCACCUGCUGAACUGCCAGAGAGGUUCGUAGCCAGGCACUGACUGCAUCCUCCCCAUCCUUCGGGCAGCAUUCCCUGGAGCUGUGCCAACAUGAGGACUAUGCUGUUCAGAGUAGAGCUGUAAGGGCAGUGCCCUUGUGUACAGUCUGUGUAGUGUAGCCUACAGGGCAGGGCCCACAUGUACAGUGUCUGUAGAUAAACGUGCUGUGUCUGCUCAUUUCUACAACUGGAGUUUUUUUAUACCGUGUUCUUGGACUCAUAAUAAAGUAAUGUUUUUGUUUUUUUGGA